AUGGACUCGCAACGACCGAACGAUGUGUCGCCCGAGGCGAUGCAGGCGCGGAUCCAACAAGCGCGUCGCGAGGCAGAGACACUCAAGGACCGUAUCAAGAGGAAGAAGGAUGAGCUCGCCGACACUACCCUCCGCCAGGUUGCUGCGCAAGCUCACGAGGCGAUCCCCAAGAACCAGUUGAUGAAGACGAAAAGGACACUUAAGGGACACUUGGCCAAGAUCUAUGCUAUGCACUGGUCGACAGACCGAAGACAUCUAGUGUCGGCUUCACAGGACGGCAAACUGAUUAUCUGGGAUGCAUACACAACCAACAAGGUCCACGCCAUUCCUCUAAGGUCCUCAUGGGUCAUGACAUGUGCCUACGCACCCAGCGGUAACUACGUCGCCUGCGGUGGCCUCGACAACAUCUGCUCCAUCUACAACCUCAACCAAAAUCGAGACGGGCCGACGCGCGUGGCACGCGAACUCUCCGGCCACGCUGGCUACCUAUCCUGCUGCCGCUUCAUUAAUGACCGGAGCAUACUGACCUCUUCUGGUGACAUGACCUGCAUGAAAUGGGACAUCGAAACUGGGACGAAGCAAAUCGAGUUCGCCGACCACCUCGGCGAUGUCAUGAGCAUCAGCCUCAACCCAACGAACCAGAACACAUUCAUCUCGGGCGCUUGCGACGCUUUCGCCAAACUCUGGGAUAUCCGAGCUGGCAAGGCUGUGCAGACUUUUGCGGGUCACGAGUCCGACAUCAACGCGAUCCAAUUCUUCCCGGACGGCCACUCCUUCGUCACCGGAUCGGACGACGCAACCUGCCGCCUAUUCGAUAUCCGUGCGGAUAGGGAACUGAACGUCUACGGCUCCGAGUCCAUUCUGUGCGGCAUCACCUCUGUCGCCACGUCCGUUUCGGGUCGUCUCCUGUUUGCAGGCUACGAUGAUUUUGAGUGCAAGGUCUGGGAUGUCACUCGAGGCGAGAAGGUCGGUUCUCUCGUCGGCCACGAGAACCGCGUCAGCUGCUUGGGCGUCAGCAACGAUGGCAUAAGUUUGUGCACAGGCUCCUGGGACUCAUUGCUCAAAAUCUGGGCAUACUAG